AUGAGAAAGACUAAGUAUUAUGUCUCGCUGAUCCUUUGUCAGGUGGUUCUGGCCCUCUUGUUCAAUUCUACACAUUGCAAGCGAAGCUCGUCUCGCUAUAACCAAAGCAUAGACCCAGAGGAAUGGGUCACCACCACAGCCCAGGGGAUUAAGGCCAGUGGUAAAUCGGCUUUAAAUUCGCUCAACUCAACCUUCACUGCCAGAAAGACCAAGAAGCCAGUAUUCAAGAGUGCACUGAAAGAACCAGAAGAGAAAACCUCCAGCAAUCCAUCCAAAUCCAAGUCUUCGCGCCGCGAAAUUGACUUAAGCGAUCUACCAGCCACCCCAGAUGGGCCAAUAAAGAAGGGCAGUUCCAGCAAAUCUAAGAAAGACAGUAGUUUAACUGAAGAGGAAGAUCUUCCAGAAGCACAGCCCGCCAGCCAGCCAUCCUCAUCUUUCAUCAGUUCAUCGGUAAUUUUCUAUGGGGGCAUGAUACUUUUAGCCGUAGCUGGAGGAGGUUUUUUGGUAGUAGCACUAUCUUACAUUGUUUCUCACUUCAUGGCCCAGCGAAGCAGCCGUCUUCGCUAUCUCGAAGCAAUCCAAAAAGCCGCAUACACUCGCCGAGGCGACGGACUAGACAAUUAUAGAGAUGUUGCCGAAUGA